AAAUGGCGGACUAUUGCGUUCGUGUUGCAGCUGGAAUUUAAGUGUCUUCUCUUCGUUUGCUCAAGCUUUUUACAUGUUGGUUUCAAUGCAAGUAUUAAUAAUAAAGCUAAUAGUAAUUAAAAUGGCACGCAACACUCAUUCUUUUUUUGUUAAAGACAAUUUUACAAAGUAUGAUUUUGAAUUUUAAUUUCGUGUCACGUUCUCUCUCUCAACCAGUCUAACCUCUUGGGUAGUCCCCAAUAAUGCAGUGUUCUAUUGCUGUGCUAUAUAUAUGCUGGCUGUGUUUAAAAUAGUAGUGCCAGUGGACUAACGUUUAAUAUGACUGUAAAGGAUUUGCUUGCAAGAGUUAUUUUAUUACAUAUUGGAACUUAAACAAGAAGACUUGGCAGAAAUGUUACAAAAUGGCGUGGUGUGUAUGUAAGCUGGCUAGCUAGCUAUCUCUAGUUAGAAUAUUAAAAGUAGAAAACUAUUGAAAUAUGUAUUUCAAGAAGGACAAGAAGAAAAGCCCUACUUCAUAUGUUCUUAUUUUAAAUAUUAUUUUUAAAUAAACUUGUUUAUUUAAAUAAAAUUAGUUUGAUUCAUAAGAAAUGCAAAAAAGUGCACACACAAGGUGCAUUUUAAAAUGGAGAGAUUUCUGCUUUUUAGUAUUUUGUACUUGUUGUGAAUCGCCGUUUUAAUAAACCUUAGUUAUGAUGUACAAGAAAUAAAAAUAAUUGAAACAACAGCAACAAACACAACUCAGGAAUUACAUCUUUCAAACUUUGACGAUGUUUUUCUUAUUUUUAUUUCUUGUAAAUCAUUAUCUUAAUUAAAAAUAAAAAAGAAGUCAGUAUAUUCUUUAAAAUAAAAGUUAGCAGUUACUAACUUAGUGAUGGGCUCAUACAUAAAGAAAAAACAGGGAUGUUAUUUUCCUUUACAUUGGACUUAUUUAAGUUUGGCAAUGAAGAGUUUGUCCUUUUGGAAGUGGAAAAUACUGGAAAUCUUGAGCUUUAAGUUUUUGUUGUGCUGAAAGGGUUAGUUUUUAAAUAACAUUUGAAGAAAAAGACAUUGUUUUAAACCAUGGAUGAAAAUAAAAACAAAGGUGAUUUGUUGCAGAAGGAAGUUAAAAGUUCAGAGAAAGAAAUGAAAGAUGAUAAAAUUCAUACUUAUGAGGAUGAUUUACCAGAAAUUAAAAAUGGAGAGGAUGCUAACGAUGUUAUUAGAUCUAAAAGUGAGAAUGGAAAUGUUGACACAUCAAAGUGUGAGGAUACUGAAGAUAUAAAUGAUCAAGUUAAUAAGUCCAAGAGUAAUAACAUGGUUGUUAACACUGAACGUGAUACAUCAGAAACUAAGAACUCCGAAGAAGUAACCAAUGAAGUUGAUAAAUCUGAGGAUAAGACUGAACCUGAAAUAGUAGGGGAAAAAGACACAGAAAUUAGUCAGUCUAAAAACAAUAAUCCAGCCACUGAAAGCUCUAACAAUGAAAUUUUAGAGGUUAAAAAUGGUAAUGAUGAGAAUUUAAGUGUUUUGAGUUCUGAACCAGUAGAAUCAAAUACUAUAAACUCUAAAGAAUCAGAAACUAAGAAAGCCAGAAAUGAUGAUAAUAUUGAAAUCACUGGAGAGCUUUCCCAAACCACAACAGACGAAACCAAAGAGAUUGAAAAGGAAGAAGAAAUAAAAGAUGACGUAAAAGAUUUAAAAACUGAAUCAACUGAAUCCAACACUUCAAGAACCAAUGUUGCACCAGUUAUAGAGUUGCGUCAUAUGCUUGAAGACAUAGAAGAGGGAGAGCUUGAUUAUGAUGAAGAAGAUACUGAUAUGGGAGAUGGCGUAGAAGAUCUACCUGAUCUACCUGAAUAUGAUCCCAGUGCUAACGACAAAGGAGAUCCAGGAGAAAUAGUAUCGGACAAGGAUAAUGAUGAGGAAAGAGAAGAAGGUGAAAUAGCUGACGAUGAAGAUGAUGAGGGUGGUCAAGUUUAUAUUUGUGUUGAUCCACUUAAUGAUAAAUGGAAGAAAAUGUCCAAAGCUGAUCAGAAAGAUCUGGAAGAAGGCCAAAUUGAAGAUGACGAUGAAGUGAAAAAAGUUUCUCCAAAACUUCCCUCACCAGGUCGUUUUAUACCCAGAACAUUAUGCAAGUACUACAAAAAUGGGUUAUGUCGUUGGGGAUCAACCUGUCGGUUUCUCCAUCCUGGAGUAAAUGAUCAAGGUAUUCCUAGUGAUGUUCAACCCACAUGGAAUGCAACAGCAGGUAAUUAUGUGAUGCACAGACCGCCUGGUAUGUAUCCAAACGCUUUCGGCAAAGCACCACCACCGAUGGAAUGUAUAAAUGUACCUGUUAUGCCAGCACCUGUUGUUGAUAUGUCUUUACUGUCAACAGUCGGUCAUGCGGAAAUUGUGGCAGUACCUGUAGCAGGUGCAGUUUAUCCUGAGGAGAUGCCAGUUAGAAGAGAAUCAGCAUGGGAGAAAGGACUUCGACGAGCUAAGGAGAUCAAAGAAGCCGGUGCUCGCAGAAGACGAGAGGAUGCAGAUUUUGAAAAGAAAAAACUAAGUAUGAGAAUUACAGAGACUGUGCAUGAUGAAUCAAAUUAUGAACCAGUCCCGGCAUAUCCUGGAGAGAAAACAUAUGACGAAUGGAAUAUUGAUGAUUAUGGAAAGUCAGUAGAUUAUCCUGAACACCGACAUCGAGAUGAACGAAGGUCACGUUAUUCUGAUCGCUUUUCAAGAACACCCAAAGAGCCAAGUCUAGACAGAAGUAGCGGGCGAGCUCGUAUAGCUGAGCUUCCGUCAUCGCAUCCAAUGCGACGUGAGGAGCGACAACGACUAAGAGAAAGAGAACGCCGUGAAAAAGCCGAGAAAAAUGACGUCGAGCCGGAACGAGAAUUUCGAAGAGAUCCAAACACUCAAAUUAAAAUAUCUAGCAAGUCGAUGAGUAGCAAAGUUAACGUGACCGAUCCUAGAGUUAGGUCUUCGUUUAAACAAACUUCGAACAACUCAGUUAAAACGCCACUGAAAACUACUGAACCGACAGAAUGGCAUGACCCAUGGAUGAGAACUCAACAAACAGCUACAGCACAGCUACCCAAAACUGAUCUAAUAAAUAAAUCCGGUGUUGAAGCCAUCUCAGACUCGGAUAGUUCAUCUUCAGAUUCAGAUAGCGAUUCAGACUCUUCUUCCUCUAGUAAGUCCUCAGGGUCAAAGUCUGUCGGUCAUUCGUCAGGCUCAGAUACAGAAAAGAGGUCCAAGCAGCAUAACUACUCAUCUUCGGGAUCAAAAGUAAGCGACAGCACUCGGAAAGAACCUCGCCCCUUUCAACAACAAUCCGAAGAAAAAAGUGGUAAAGUUGGGAAAUCUUCGGAAAAGAAUGAACCUUUAAGUUACGAAGAAUGGAAACGACUGCAGACAAUACAGAAAGCACAAUAUCACCAACAGAUGGCUAAUCAAUAUAAAAACAACUUAGGAGGAGGGGAAGCUCCAGGACGGGAUAAUAGUUCGGAUCGUCAUAAAGAACGCUACAUGAAGCAAUCGUCAAGAAUAGAAGAAGAUAAAAGAAAUACAUACCCGAAUAAUCAACGACCGUUAUCGAGUACUCUGCCGGGUCGACAUGAACAGAUAUCGAAACCAGCUGUCAAGACAUCAUGUUCUCUACCUCCCAAAGAUAUCAGUAUGGUUAAUGAUGACAAAUUUGACUCUCCAAAACGACGUGCAACCCAAAGCGAUUCCGAUUCAGGUAGUGACUCUGACUCGGCUAGUGAUUCGGAUUCAAGUGGUUCCGAUUCGGAUUCGGACGACACUGAUUCGGAUAGUGAUUCUGACACUGCGAUGCCCUCUGCACCACCCAGUGCGCCGUCGGGAAACAAUAAAACAGGUUCAAGUAUCAAAUUUGGUCAGAUGGAUGCUUUUGCGAAGAAAGUUGCACUCGCAGAAAAGUUUGGCGGAUUUUCGCAAGAUCCGUUAAAAUUUCCUUCCGGUGAAGUGAAGCCGGUAGAAGCUCCUGUGAGUACGUUAGCAGGAAAGCGACCUGCAAGGAAAGAUGAAUUACUAAAAGAACUAAAAGCCGUAGAAGAUGCCAUCGCUAGAAAACGAGCUAAAAUCGAUUAGUUAUUUUACUCAAGCUCGAUCAGUCAACUGUACUCAAGCUCGAUCAGUAACUGGGCACAGUUAAUGUAUAAGUCACUUUCGGCUGUCGAAACAGUGUUAUGAGAAGUCUAUCGGUUGUUUCGAGUUAGGUAUCUCGUAAAUUAAACAGUAAAAGAAUAAAGGAAACGAAUUAUCACAGAUGAAUAUUUUAUUUUAUACAUUUUUUAGAAAACUUUAGCAUAUACUAUUCUUGUUUUUCUAGUAUUUUAUCAUCUUAAAACUUCGUUUUUUUUUGGAACUAAAAAGUUAUCCAGACGAAGUUACGCAAAGUUUGUAAGCUUUAAUAAAUUGAUUUUAAUCCUUUUCCAGAUCGUUAAAUAAAUUUGGUACUGUGUAACCUUACUCAACUUGGUUUAGAAAGAUGUUCUACACAGAAUAAUAAAGAAUAUGAAGCUAAAUAUUUUAAAAUGUAAAAUGAAAAUUC